GUAAAAGCAGAAGCCUGCCUAUGGAAGAUGUGCUUAAGUCAAUGCAAUCUAAGAUAUACAGCACCAGAAGUUACCUGAACGGAGCUCAAGAUCAAACCAGUAGAUGAAGGUGUUAAACUGGCAUGUGUCUACCAACCGGGGAGUGAUCCUUUUAAGUCCUCUGCUUCGUCCCCACUUGUGGAAUUUGUUGUGCCAGUGGGACGAGGCUGGCUAUAAAACCCCGGUGCAGGGGACCUCUGUCCUGCUCAGGCAGACUGCCACAGCAUCUCUGCUGAGAGCAGCCCCGGGGAGAUCCCCCACUUGAUCUCUGCUGGGCAGGCGGCCGCUUUGCCAACGGAGGAGGAUGGACGUGAGGUUCACUUGGAUGCUCUGCAUGCUCUGCCUGGUUGUCAUGGUCCGAGCGUUUACCCAGGACAGGUUCAAGGAGGUGUUGCUGAAGCAGCUGGGGCUCUCUGAGGUCCCUAAACUUCAUAAGAGAGACUUGGUGGAUCUGGUUAUCCCAGACCACGUAAAGAACAAAUACAUCUCCAUGCUGAAGCGCAACAGAGUGAAGCGCCGAGCUUUGCCGAGCCUGGCUGGCAUCCUCAGGGGGAUCCCUGGCAACACAGAAGUCCUCUACUCUGACACCACCACGCGUCAGAACCUGAUCUUUGACAUGGAGGGCAGAAUACCUAAAAACAGUGAAGUGACAAUGGCUGAACUGAAACUCUUCAAAAAGCCUCUGGACAGAGAAAACCUGCCUGCCAAGCAGUCUCACAGGCCCAUCUCCAAUGCCAGAGUCAGCGUAUACUGGGUGCAACGGCAGCACGAUGGUACCAACAGGACCUCCCUGAUAGAUUCCAGGCUGGUUCCUAUACGUGAGUCGGGCUGGAAGAACUUUGAUGUGACGCAGGCCGUACAUUACUGGCUGCGAAACAAGAGGCGGGAGCCAAUGUUCCUGGAGGUCUGGAUUGAAGGAGAAAGGAUAGGCAGCCAUGCCUCAGAAAUGGCCAAAGCUGUGCAUUUCACCUCUCAGGACCCCAAGGAUAAAGCCCUCAGCAAACCUGAACUGGUGCUUUACACCCUUGACUUGGAAGACUAUGGGGACCCCGGGGACUGCAAGAAGGAGGUGGUGAUGGGGAAGUCCACCUGCUGCCGGCAGAAGCACUACAUCAACUUCCGUGAGCUCGCCUGGACGCAGUACUGGAUCAUCGAGCCCGCAGGGUACCAGGCUUACCGGUGCUCAGGGGGCUGCCUGCAGCCCCCCAGCUCGCUCUGGCGCUUUGGCUAUGGGGAGCGCGCCUGCGCCGUGGCAGAGAGCUCCCCGCUCCCUGUGAUGUACCUCGUCAAGAGGGGCAACCGCACCGAGAUCGAAGCGGCCGAGUUUCCCAACAUGGUGAUCGAGAAGUGCAGCUGUGUCACGGAUGGCAUGGCGCUGGUGUGAGACGCCGUGAACGUCACCCAGUCCCCCGAGUCCCUGCAGCCCUGCCCAGAGCCACUGCGGCCUCCAGCCCCAGGGCCAGCAAUAAAGGUUCUGGGGGGAACCACCAGAUACCUGCCUGCAAGUGCCAGCAGCAGCUGGGUUGGCAGCUCUCCCACACACCCCACUACCCUGAAGGGAGGGUGCACUUAAAGGCCCAUAGAGCUGGGCUCAGGGGAGCAUCCAUCUUCACAUACCCCUGUGUGAGGGGCACCUAUGAAGCCUAACGCUUCUCAGGGCCCCCUUGAUGCUAGCCAAAUCUCAUUGCAUUUGAUUGAGCUGCAUCCCAUUUAUUUCAGUCCCCACCCCAGAGUACUGCAAACAGCUACAGGCA